AAAGAGAAGAAAAGAUAAGCGAGGGGGAAAGAAAGCGUCCUCCAUUAUUGUUGACCAUUUCUUCAAUUCCAUUUCUCUUCUUCUAGAGAGAGAGAGAGAGAAAACUUUCUCUAUCUUUCUGCUUAGAGAGAGAGAGAGAGAGUCAACACAUCCUCAUCCAUAGUCAAACCAUUCCUUAAAUCGAUUCUCUAACAGAUUCUUCCUCUCCUCCGAUUCAACUCGAACGAUCCCCCGAUUCAACUCGCUCAGCUCCAGAUUCGAUCGAACAAUGGAGACUCCACCCGCGGAACAGCUGCUCAAGAAGAUACUCGAGCUUGAGGAAAAUCAGGAGCAUCUGAAGCAGGAGAUGUCGAGGCUCAAGGUCUCCACGGAGAUUCGGCAGCGAUCGCAUUCGGUCUCUCCGCAUCGUCCGCCGCGGAGAAACAUCGGCGGCGACGGAGGUCCGUCUUGGAGGAAGAGCGGCGCCGCGUCGUUUCGCCACGCCUCGCCGUUGCGCAAGGACAGCCGUAUCCAAGGUCCGAUCAAUCUGAGAGCUGGAGUAGGUGGAGGUCCCGGCGGCGGCGGCGGCGGACCGUCGGCUGGGAAGUUCACUGAUAAACAGUAUUUGAAUAUCUUGCAAUCGAUGGCGCAAGCUGUUCACGCUUUCGAUCUAAACAUGCGAAUCAUCUUCUGGAAUGCUAUGGCGGAGAAGCUUUAUGGCUACUCUGCAGCAGAAGCACUUGGGGAGAAUCCGAUUAACGUUAUUGCGGAUGAUCGUGACGCUGCUUUCGCUAUGAAUAUUGCUAGGCGUUGCGUCCGUGGAGAGAGCUGGACAGGGGAGUUUCCUGUGAAGAGUAAGUCAGGGGAGAGAUUCUCAGCUGUGACUACGUGUUCUCCGUUUUAUGAUGAUGACGGGACUCUUAUAGGGAUCAUUUGUAUCACGAGUAACACGGCGCCGUAUCUGAACCCGAGGAUCUCUUUGGCUAAGUUAAAGGCGGAAGAAGGUGAAACGAGCUUUGUAACUGCAAGGAAUAGUUUUGCUUCUAAGCUUGGUUUGGACUCCAAAGAAGCUGUUAUAUCGAAACUUGGUCUUGACUCUGACCAGCCUAUACAAACUGCUAUAGCGUCAAAGAUAUCAAAUUUGGCGUCCAAGGUGAGCAACAAGGUAAGGUCGAAAAUGCGAGCAGGUGAGAGUAGUAGUGCUACACUCUCCGAGGGUGGCAGUGGGGAUAGUCAUCAUUCGGAUCAUGGUGGGGUCUUCGGUGCUACUCACUCUGACCACAGGGACGAUGCAGCGUCAAGUGGUGCCAGCACGCCAAGAGGGGAUUUUGUCCAGUCUCCUUUUGGUGUAUUCACAUGUAACGAAGAAAAGUUUCAUUCGAAGCCCUUUAAAGAUUCCAGUGAUGAGAGCGAUGAAAAGCCUGCGAUCCAUAAGGUUCUCACCUCAAAAGCUGAAGAAUGGAUGGUUAAGAAAGGUUUGUCAUGGCCGUGGAAAGGGAAUGAGCAGGAAGGUUCAAAAGGAAGGCCAACUCAUUCUGUAUGGCCUUGGGUACAAAAUGGACAAGGGAAAGAUAAGACUCGCCAGAUUAUCCCUUCCUCUGUUGUUAAGUCUGAAAGCCUUGCCUUUGAAAGUAAUAAGCCGGCUACAAAUAAUGAGGGAGGUAGUAUGUGGUCUUCCUCUUUAAAUGCAACCAGCACAAGCAGCGCUAGUAGCUGUGGAAGUACCAGCAGCAGUGUGAUGAACAAGAUUGAUGAUGCGGAUAGUGAUGGUCUGGAAUAUGAAAUUUUAUGGGAGGAUUUAACAAUUGGAGAACAAAUCGGACAAGGUUCAUGUGGAACCGUCUACCACGGUCUCUGGUUUGGAUCUGAUGUAGCUGUUAAAGUGUUUUCCAAGCAAGAAUACUCAGAAGACGUUAUACAAUCUUUUAGACAGGAGGUAUUGUUGAUGAAAAGACUUAGACAUCCUAACGUCCUGCUUUUUAUGGGAGCUGUGACUUCACCUCCGCGCCUCUGUAUAGUGUCCGAGUUCCUUCCACGUGGAAGUCUCUUUCGCCUACUACAGAGGAAUGCAUCAAAACUGGAUUGGAGGCGGCGUAUCCAUAUGGCUUUGGACAUUGCUCGCGGUAUGAAUUAUCUUCACCAUUGUAGUCCACCCAUCGUCCAUCGUGAUCUGAAGUCGUCAAAUCUGCUGGUAGACAAGAACUGGACCGUUAAAGUAGCUGACUUUGGUCUUUCGCGUAUCAAGCAUGAGACAUACCUAACCACCAAGUCCGGGAAGGGAACGCCUCAAUGGAUGGCACCAGAAGUUCUUCGAAAUGAGUCUGCUGAUGAGAAGUCUGACAUUUACAGCUUUGGAGUAGUUCUCUGGGAGCUUGCCACCGAGAAGAUCCCAUGGGAAACUCUCAACGCUAUGCAGGUGAUUGGAGCUGUCGGGUUCAUGAACCAGAGGCUGGAAAUUCCAAAGGACAUUGAUCCCUUGUGGAUCGCAUUAAUGGAGAGCUGUUGGCACAGCGAUACAAAGCUGAGACCAACAUUCCAAGAACUGAUGGAUAAGCUAAGAGAGAUGCAAAGAAAGUCUACAAUACAGCUCCAAGCUAGUCGUGCUGCUUUACGUGACAACUCCCCCCUCAAGGACAACUAAAGUGAACAGAAGUUGACUCUUUUGUUCCUGAAGGCGCCAUUUUAAGACAGGAAGAUGUUCAUGAAAACAAAGGAAGGUAGAGAAUUUGAUCUGUUUUUGAGCAGUAAAAAAUGGGUGGGUUUAAUUACAACGCGGACGAGACUGGUGAGCUGAGGCAGCCACUGGAAUUGUGGGUCUGGUUCUAAAAGCAGGAAGUGAUAUGUUUGUGUCAUUACACAACUUGCCAAAAAGAAACGUAUUGGCUCAGGUUGGUUAAUUAAUUGUGGUGAUUGGUUUUUGAUAUCUUUCUAUCGAAGAGGCUUAAAGGAAGUGCGUGAAAGGGAUUUGAUGUGAAAGUUGAUUGCAAAAAUGUCACGUGCUUUGUAUAUGCACUCUCGUUGGGUAGGUGUGCAAGAGUGUCUACUUGCAUAUAUCAUUAUUACUAUAUUUAGCGAUCAACCGUGGUUGAACCAUUUGAUGGUUUGUACAGAUGAAUUGUGAGUGUGAAUAUUGCGACAUCA